AUGGACGGACGUGAUCCAGCCGCUACAGGUCCAUGGUGGUACCCCGACGACUGCCCUGCCCCUGGCGAGGUCGCGGCCGUUGCAGGAGCCGCCGGCGGCGACGACGACGAGUUCCUCGACAUUGAAUAUCUGCUCGGGAUGGGGUGGGAAGCAGGCGCGCCUGUUUCCUGCGCCCGCUCUUCGCCACCGCGCGCGCCCCCUGAGCCGCCACCUUCCGACGACGUGAUGGCAACGUGGCUCUACCCAAUCGUCAGCGGCGACGAAAAUGCCGGCGACGGCCCGAUGGUGAGGAACGAGCCGUCGGCGAUGGCCGCGGAGACCAAGGGGAAGCUUCCAGCUACGGAGGGCGUGGCCGAUGUCAAGAGGCGAAGGUGCAAGAUCAGUGACAGGCUGAGGACCCUGCAGCAGCUCGUCCCUGGGUGCGAUAAGACUAACCAGGAGUCGACGCUGGACCAGACGAUCAAGUACAUGAAGUCGCUGCAGCAGCAGGUCCAGGCAAUGAUCAUGAGGCAAGCACCAGCAGUGUACCCCACCAUGCACACGGCAUCGGCGCCGGCCGUCAUGGUGCCGCCCGGCGCCGGAGGCCCCGUCCCGCUCCUGCCUGCAGAGAUGGCUCCGUUCGGGGCCAUGCUCCCGUGCCCACCUUCACCUUACCACGCCGUGAUGGCGCCAGCACCGGCGCCGCCGCCGCCAUUGUACCCUCCACAGCCGGCGGCCUCUGCUGCUCCAGAUCCAGGGGCCGCCUCCAUGGAGCAGCAUUACAAUCGGGGGAAAGGGAGGAGGAGAAGAUUGUGA